UUGACGGGUUUGGGAUAAACGCAUUGUAUUCGUGGCUAACCGUGCAGAGUGAUUGGGUUUAUGAUCAAAAUGCGGUCGUUUUCUAUAUUAUUUGUCGCGUUUGCGAUUUUUCAUAAUAUUUAUUGUGAAGUGUAUUUAGAAGAGAAAUUCUUAGAUGAUUCCUGGGAGAAAAAUUGGAUUUAUAGUAAACAUCCCGGUAAAGAAUUUGGUAAAUUUGUAAGAACUCCUGGAAAGUUUUACAACGAUGAAGUCCAAGAUCAAGGUUUACAAACUUCCCAAGAUGCUCGAUUUUAUGCACUUAGUCACAAAUUUCCACCAUUCUCUAAUGAAGGAAAAGAGUUAGUCAUUCAGUUUAGUGUUAAACAUGAACAAAAUAUUGAUUGCGGAGGUGGUUACAUUAAAGUAUUCGAUUGUAAAUUGAAUCAAGAAGAUAUGCAUGGUGAAUCACCAUACGAAAUCAUGUUUGGACCUGAUAUAUGUGGACCAUCAACUAAGAAAGUUCAUGUGAUCUUUAGCUACAAAGGACAAAAUCAUCUAAUCAAGAAAGAUAUCAGAUGCAAAGAUGAUGUUUAUACUCAUUACUACACAUUAGUUGUUCGACCUGACAACACUUAUGAAGUUUUAAUUGAUGGUGAAUCAGAUACAAAAGGUUCUUUAGAAGAAGAUUGGGAUUUCUUACCACCACGUAAAAUCAAGGAUCCAGAAGCAAAGAAACCAGAAGAUUGGGAUGAUAAUGAAAAAAUUCCAGAUCCUGAUGAUAAGAAACCUGAAGAUUGGGAUGUCCCAGAACAUAUUCCUGACCCAGAAGCUACAAAACCUGACGAUUGGGACGAUGAAAUGGACGGUGAAUGGGAACCACCAAUGAUUGAUAAUCCAGAAUAUAAAGGAGUCUGGACACCAAAACAAAUUAACAAUCCAAACUUCAAAGGAAUUUGGGAACAUCCCUUAAUCGACAAUCCUGAAUUCACAGCUGAUGACAAUUUAUACAGACGCGAUGAAAUUUGUGCUGUUGGUUUUGAUUUAUGGCAAGUGAAAGCUGGAACAAUCUUUGACAAUGUUUUAGUUACCGAUGACAUCAACUAUGCCAAAGAUGCUUUAAAAUCAUUAAAAGAAACUCAAGAAGGUGAAAAGAAAAUGAAAGAAAAACAAGAUGAACAAGAUAAUACUAAAGAAGAUGUUAAAGAUGAUGAUGAAGAUGACGAAGAUGAAUCACCAAAAGAGUUACCAGCAGAUGAAGAAGAAGAUAGCGUUCAUGGUGGUCCAGAGGAACACGACGAAUUGUAAAUAACGAAUGACAUUCCAUCAAGAUAAAAAUAAUUUACAUGAUACCAUCGUUGCCCUCUAUAGAAUUCAUU